UACAGUAUUGGGUGUGAGAGAAGGGUUCAACGGAAGAGGGUGGGGUGUCUGGACAUGCGCAGGGCCGCGAGACUGUCGGUGGGGUAGCGAGGGAGACGGUCCCACCACUGCUCCGAAGGGCCGGGACUCCCAGUGGGGGCGGGCCCCUCAGAGCGCCCGCCUGCUGACUCCCAAGCCUGGAGCCCGGGCAGAGUGGUCACCUCCGUUCCUGCAAACCCGUGCAUGAUGGCAUCGUCGAGCCCUGACGCCCCGUGUUCCUGCGACUGCUUUGUCUCGAUGCCUCCGGCCUCAGCCAUCCCGGCUGUCAUCUUUGCCAAGAACUCGGACCGACCCAGGGACGAGGUGCAGGAGGUGGUGUUUGUCCCCGCAGGCACUCACACUCCUGGGAGCCGGCUCCAGUGCACCUACAUUGAGGUGGAACAGGUGUUGAAGACGAACGCUGUGAUUCUGAGCCGCCCUUCUUGGCUGUGGGGGGCUGAGAUGGGCGCCAACGAGCAUGGUGUCUGCAUUGGCAACGAGGCUGUGUGGACGAAGGAGCCAGUUAGAGAGGGGGAAGCCCUGCUGGGCAUGGACCUCCUCAGGCUGGCUUUGGAACGGAGCACCUCUGCCCAGGAGGCCUUGCAUGUGAUCACAGGCUUACUGGAGCGCUAUGGGCAGGGGGGCAGCUGCCUGGAGGACCCUGCACCGUUCUGCUACCAUAACACCUUCCUGCUGGCUGACCGCACUGAGGCGUGGGUGCUGGAGACAGCUGGGAGGCUCUGGGCUGCGCAGAGGAUCCAGGAGGGAGCCCGAAACAUCUCCAACCAGCUGAGCAUUGGCACAGAUAUCUCGGCCCAACACCCGGAGCUUCAGACCCAUGCCCAGGCCCAGGGCUGGUGGGAUGGGCAGGGCACCUUUGACUUUGCUCAGGUCUUCUCCCUGACCCAGCAGCCUGUGCGCAUGGAGGCUGCCAAGGCCCGCUUCCUGGCAGGGCAGGGGCUGCUGCGGCAACAGCAAGGGGGCAUCACGGCAGAGGUGAUGAUGGGCAUCCUCAGGGACAAGGAGAGUGGCAUCUGUAUGGACUCAGGUGGCUUUCGCACCACCGCCAGCAUGGUGUCCGUCCUGCCCCAGGAUCCCACGCAGCCCUGUGUGCACUUUCUCACGGCCACGCCAGACCCAUCCAGGUCCGUGUUUAAACCUUUUAUCUUCGGGGUGGGGGUGGCCCAGGCCCCCCAGGUGCUGUCCCCAACUUUUGGAGCACAGGACCCUGUUCGGACCCUGCCCCGAUUCCAGACUCAGGUAGAUCGUCGGCACACCCUUUACCGUGGACACCAGGCAGCCCUGGGGCUGAUGGAGAGUGAUCAGGAUCAGGAGCAGCAGCUCCGGCAGAAACAGAGGGAUCUGGAGCAGGAAGGUCUCAAGGCCGUACGGGGGCUGCUGGCCAGCGAGGGGGCCCCACCCUUCCAGGAACUGGGCAGCCUCUUCCAGGCCUUUGUGAAGAGGGAGAGCCAGGCUUACCUGUAAGCUUCACAGCUUCUGCUGGCCUGGGGUGGGCCUGGACCCCUGCAGCAAACUGCCCUGAGCUGGUGGUACUGAAGUUUGAGCAAUCCCUUCACACCCCCUGGCCAUGUUCUGAGCAGCCAACUUGGCCUUUGCCUUAAUAAAUGUGCUUUGUUUUC